AUGAGCGCCCUCACCCCGCCCUCCUUCAUCGACGAUGGCCUAUCCUUCAACAAGCGCACAUCCCACGGCCUCCACCCCUCACACAUCUGCUCCUGGCUCGAAGAAACCAGCACCACCAGCACGACCUCACGCUCGACAACUUCCGCGUACACGGGCAGUUUUGUCGACGAUGGCGCAGACAUGUUAGGCCUAGCUAGGCGUGGCGGCCCCGGCUUUGGCCCCAUCGACGCACGAUUCUACAAGCAGAAGAAGCGCAAGGAGGGGCAGGAAGGCCUGUGGAACGAGGCAGUGCAGCAGGCAGUCAGUGGGGAUAUGCAGCGCAAUCUAGCAAAGAUGCGGGGGCUGGAAGAUGUUGGGUGUGCGAGAUGGGAGGGUGGCGUUGCUGCGGAUGGCAAGGGAGGGAGGGCUCAAGAGACGGUGAUUGUGCCUGUGCCGCGGAAAUGGGGGACUUUUGUGAUUAGAGGGGAGGAUGGUAGGGUGGUUGUUGUUGAUCGGAUGGGGGAGUUUGAUUCUAGGCUUCAGGGGGGAGGCGAGGAGCGACGGGAGGGGAUGAGGUGGAUCAAGGCGGCUUCUACUGUUGAACCUGUAUUGCUGAGGGCCGAAGAAGAGGACAGGCGAGCCAAGAGGAGGGAGAGGAAACAGGGCGAGCGACACAGACACAGAAGGACACAUCGUGAACGGCUCUCUUCACCUUCUGCCAAGCCACUUAUAUCUAUCCAGGAAUCAGAAUAUGAGGAUGAGUGCGAGGCUUCUGGUGGCGAGGAUCCUGUUUCUCCCACUGCCUUCUUCAUGACUGGAGGGGCAAAUGGCUGGCCCUCACGAGAAGCUACGACGGUCGCAUCACCAGUCAGGUCAGAGUCAGAUGUACAGUCACCAGUGGGCGGCUGGCCCUCUUCUUCAUCAGGCAUACAGUCUACUGUGAGAUUAGAGGAGAGUCGUGAUGACGAUAGGGCAUGGGCUGUCGAGGAACAGGGACAUGGAUCAGAAGCAAGUGAGAGCUUUCCUCGUCCAACGAGGAGUAGCAAGACUCGAAGACGUCAAAAGCACGGAACUGAUGAGAUGUCCACCAAGUCGCACUCGACCUAUAAGACCUAUAAAGCGCCCACCAUUGAGGAUGCGUCAAGUAGGUCAUCAUACAAUGUACAGGGUUUCCAGAAGACCAGCUGGGGCGCCUCGGGUGAAGCAGCAAGUGAGGAAAGCUGGGACGGGUAUGAAAAGAAUAAGACUGUCAGCGAAGUCAGCGUAGCCGGUUCUGGGAGUGAACGAAGCACGUUGAGCAGCGUUGCAUCGAGUCGUCAUCACAGUGGAAAAAAGUGA